AUGUAUACUGAACAAAUAUCUUUAUUAUACAAACAAAUCCCUAAUAUGAUUGACAAUAACAUUACAACUACAGUUGAUAUUACACAAACAUCAAAAUCACUUAGUGAUGAACUUAGUUUUGCAUCACAAAAUAUUCUUGUUUAUUUACCAUUACUCUUUUUCAUCUUUGGUCUUAUUGGAUUUAUUGGUAAUGUUUUUACUUAUCUUCAAUCUCAACUUCGUUCAAAUAGUUGUUGUAUUUAUUCACUUUGUGGUUCAUUCAUUGAUAUUAUUAAUCUUUCUGUUAAUUCAUUUCCACCUUAUCUUGCAUGGCAAUUCGGAUUUCAACUACCAUGGUUUACAUCAUCUGCUCUUUGCAAACUCAAUUUGUCUCUUGUGGUAUUUUUGCCAUAUUUAUCAAUAAAUUUUCUAUGUAUGGCUAUUAUCGAUCGAUUUGCUAUAACUUGUGAUCAUACAUCAUUUAUUCGUCGAAUAACUCAACUUCGAAUUGUACCAUGGAUGAUUGGUCUUACUAUUCUCAUCACUUGUCUUUUUUCAUUGUAUGCUCCUAUCAACUAUGAUCUUAUCUUUGCAAAUUUAUGUACAUCGAGACAACCGAUGGUAACAAGUAUUUCCAAUAUUGUUCUUAACUGUUUAAUUCCACCAAUAACAAUGAUAAUAUUUGUUUUACUUACCUAUCGAAAUGUCCGCCGAAGUCGUGGACGAGUCGGUGACGCAGGUCAAAGAAAUCGGCAAAAACCUCGAAAUCAAUUUAUUGUAACUGUAUUUGCACAAAUUUUAGUAACAACUUUUAUUCAAUUACCAUGGACUAUAAUAUAUGUUUAUUAUACAUUUACUUCAAUUAGUACAAAAAGUCCUGUAGAAUUAUCAAUUAUUUUCUUUGUUUUGGUUUUUAGUAAUAGUUUUUUUUAUUUAAAUAAUGUUAAAGCAUUUUAUGUAUCAAUAUUAACAUCUCGUGUAUUUAGAAAAGCAUUUAUUGGUGGUUUGAGCAAUUUAUAUCGUCGUUAUAUAAGACAUCAAAUGAAUUUAUCAAUGAUUAAUCCAAAUACACAAACUAAAAACAAAAACUAA